AUGGUCAAAGGUCACGAAAAUUAUGUACCUCCUAAGGAAGCGUUUGACAGUCAUUAUUAUGGGAUAAAAAUAACUACCAUAAAGCCUCCUCCGCCGGGAUUUCCACCGUUAGAAAGGAACGCAGGGAAUAAAUGCUGUCAUAACAAACACCAGGAAAAACGCUAUUGUCAUUUACACAAUAGACCAAUGGUCAAAGUUCCCGAAAAUAAUUCAUCGCAUGGGGAAGUAGGCAACUGUAAUUAUCUGGAGCAAUACUUAGAAAAAACUGGGCAACGUGUCCCACCUACCACUAAAGUCAUUUACCACGAUCACCAUUUGCAUUCGCCGAAGUCAUCGCCGCUGCCUUUAUCGCCCCCACCCCCGUCGGUUUCAAAUUCUUCGCACACAUGUACCCACGACUACCAAAGAAUCGUCAAAGCCCAGAAAGCCAAAGCUGAUAAUAAAACACCGGAAGACAUUGAGGCCGAAAACCCAUUGUGUGCCGAGGUACGGCGCAUUGGUGACCUUUUUUUUAAUCGAGUUAGAAAGGAAGACGAAAAAUAUAUUUGUGAAUCGACUGUGGCUCUGCUUAAAGGUACUAAACAGUAUAUAUGCCUGUGUUAUCAAAACUAUUUAUCAAACCAUGGGAAAUCCACUAUAGCACGUAAGCUUGAGAGUCCACGUGAGCGAAAACAACGACCAUCAUUCGUGCAUUAUAGUGGACGCUUGGCUCGGAUGUUUCGGAAGGACGAUGGCGAGAUUCGGGCUUAUUCAGUUAUCUCAAUUAGUUCAAACAAACUCAAUAAUCCCACCCACAAACUAUGUGGUAAGAAUGUUUGUCAAAACUGUUCUCACCAACAUUGA